AUGCCUUUCCUUCCGGGUAGAGAAGCCUAUGCCCCACAACAUGCUGCCUCGCGUUAUGGCGUGCCUUCUCUUGCGGCCAAAGAAGAUAGACUUCAUCUCCUCUAUGGACACCAACAGGCUCCAGUCUCCUGCUCUUGUAACAGUGACAAGGUUACUGAUAGAAUCAUUGCCCAAAUGCUGCAGAUUGACCAAACACUUCAUCUGGCAAGGCAAAGUCUGGAGCAACGCCUCAUUGCUCUGAGUGAGCAGGGCCAUGCUUCGGUAGAGGAGCUUCAAGAUGUGGCUAGUUUGGAAAGGCGAAUCGAUCGGAUCACAGUGCAGUUCCAAAAUUGUGCUUUGAAAGUAUUGAACCUAGUGAGGCAUCAAUAUCUUGAAGAGGCUACGAAAAACCUUCAAAAGCUGGGAAACCAUGGCUCACUGUGCAGCACCAAUGGCUCCCCUGGUACCCCAGAAGAAGUUGCCUACGCCAUAACUGAGCAUGUGGUUGAGAUUUAUCAGAGUCUUCGUUCUGCAAGGCAGAAGCUUGACGAGCACCGUGCCACUCUAAGUGAACAGAGCAACACACCAGGCGAGCAAUUUCGGCAGUUGGCUGAUAUGGAGAGUCAAUUUGAGCGUUUCGGCGCCCAAUUCGACCAAUGCGCCUCAAAGGUCCUGGAUAUCUUGAAGCAGAGGCAUCAACUCAAGGAGACCGAGAAGAGCGAGCUAGAUACUCUUGAACGUUCCGUGUUUUAUUUUUCUGGUCUAGUCUCCCCUGUAGCUAUCUUCGCUAUUCGAAAAGGAUAUUUAACAGGAUGGGCUACAAAUUUGGUAGGGCUGCAAUAA